AUGUUGCAGAGGGAAGGGCCUAGAUAAAGGCUCUCUCUGCCCCUCCACAGACCUGCUGGCUUCUGAUUCCUCCAUGAAGCAACACAAAGCCUGAUGCCCACUUUGCCCCUCGCCAUGGACAGGGGGAGGAGUUACCAUCCGCCAUGCACGCACCAGCAGCCAGGCAAUACACUGUAUAGGAUGCCCACCUUUCAGGCCCAACUUGGCUUGCCCACCACCGAGAAUCCCGCUUCCAGUUUCUGGAAUUCAUCCCUGUUUUCAUCUACUUCGUACUCAGCACCAUUUUUCCUGAGUGAAAACCAGCAAUAUUUUAAUACCCCUUCGAAUUUCUAUACAAAUUCCAUCAACGGGCAGCCGUUCUCGGAUUCCAACUUCGCACCUCAAGGCCUUGCUGAUUUCUUACCCAGAAAUGGCGAUUUCCCUCAGGAUUCUGCAUACCUCAAUGAACUCUCCAGCAACUCCCUCUUCUCCUCUCCUGCGGACUCCCUCUCGGAUAUUGCCGAUGCUCAGGAAUUCCUGCCUGCUGACAGUCUCAGCCAGGUGCCAACCAUAUGGGACGUCAACGUCAGUGUGCCACCGCAGAACCAAAUAGAGGUCUUGCCUCCUGAUUUGGAAGGUCUGGAAGGCUUACAGGGAAUAGAAAACCACAUCACUGCCACUCAGGACAUCUCUCGUCUUUCAAGCAUCCAGUCCCAAACUCAGGUAGAAGAGGAGGAGGAGGGUGAUGAUGAUGAAACAGAGGAGCUGGGUCACACAGAGACGUAUGCCGAUUACAUCCCUUCGAAGUCGAAAAUUGGGAAGCAGCACCCUGAUCGAGUGGUUGAAACAAGUACUCUUUCCAGCGUCCCCCCUCCAAACAUCACCUACGUCCUCUCUCUCCCUGAUUCGAUUGCUGAAAACGGGUUGCUCUCUGCAUUGCAGCUGGAAGCUAUAAUUUAUGCCUGCCAGGAACACGAAAGCUUGCUUCCAAACGGGCAGCGAGCCGGCUUCCUGAUUGGAGAUGGUGCUGGCGUGGGGAAAGGGCGGACGGUUGCAGGGAUCAUCUAUGAAAAUUAUCUGAAGGGAAGGAAAAAAGCUCUGUGGUUCAGCGUCUCUAAUGAUCUGAAGUAUGACGCCGAGAGGGACCUGAAGGACAUUGAUGCACCUAACCUUCCUGUCCAUGCUUUAAACAAGAUUAAAUAUGGUGACACAGCUACCUCGGAAGGAAUUUUAUUUGCCACUUAUUCUGCCUUGAUUGGUGAAAGCCAAGCGGGCGGCCAGCACAGGACCAGGUUGAAGCAGAUUCUGGAUUGGUGCAAGGAGGAUUUUGAUGGUGUUAUUGUGUUUGAUGAAUGCCACAAAGCCAAAAAUGCCAGCUCUACCAAGAUGGGCAAAGCAGUAUUGGACCUGCAGAACAAGCUGCCUCAUGCAAGGGUUGUCUACGCCAGUGCCACAGGUGCCUCCGAGCCAAAGAAUAUGAUUUACAUGAGUCGGCUGGGGAUAUGGGGAGAAGGGACUCCUUUUCGGUCCUUUGAAGAGUUCCUCCAUGCCAUUGAAAAGAGAGGCGUUGGGGCUAUGGAAAUUGUCGCUAUGGAUAUGAAAGUGAACGGGAUGUACAUUGCCCGGCAACUGAGCUUUUCUGGAGUCACUUUCAGGAUAGAAGAAAUCCCAUUGGAUGCAGCAUAUAAGCAUGUGUACAACAAGGCAGCCAAGCUGUGGGCAGAAGCUCUGGUGGUUUUCCAAAAAGCUGCAGACCACAUUGGCCUGGAGUCUCGGAAGUCUCUGUGGGGACAGUUCUGGGGCGCUCACCAGCGCUUCUUCAAGUACCUCUGCAUUGCUGCAAAAGUCCGGCGUCUGGUGGAACUGGCCAAGGAGGUGCUCAGUAAGGACAAGUGUGUGGUGAUCGGUUUGCAGUCGACGGGGGAGGCCCGCACCCGGGAGGUUCUGGACGAGAACGAGGGGCACCUGAACUGCUUUGUUUCGGCAGCCGAAGGCGUCUUCCUUUCACUAAUUCAGAAGCACUUUCCUUCAACAAAAGGAAAAAGAGAAAGAGGAAGUGGCAUUAAAAGAAAACGGAAGCAGAGAGUCCGUGGCAUUAACAAGGUGGUGAGAGCCACCUACGACCCCACCAGCAGCAGCAGCAUCAUCAAGAUCAGCUCUGACAGCAGCUCCGAUUCUGAGCCGGGGCUGGAGAGUGAUUUCAAUUCCUCCCCAGAAUCCCUCUUUGAAACGGAGGAUCCUGCAAUCAGAUACAAACCCAUCAAUGGCGUUAUGUGUGAGGAUCAAAGCGGCGCAUAUUGGCUCAACCCCCAAAAGGAGAUGAAUGGAUCAGGAACUCUGGAAUAUGUGGAGAGCAUGAAGCAGGAGCUGCUAUCUAAAGUGAGGGCCUUGGGCAAAGAACUACCUCUUAACACCUUAGAUGAACUGAUUGAUCACUUUGGAGGCCCGGAAUAUGUGGCUGAGAUGACUGGGCGGAAGGGGCGAGUCGUGCGGCGUCCUGAUGGCUCCGUGGUGUUUGAAUCGCGAGCUGAACAAGGGCUUUCGAUUGACCACAUGAAUCUCAAGGAGAAAGAGCGUUUCAUGAAUGGAGACAAACUCGUAGCAAUAAUCUCCGAGGCCUCUAGCUCAGGGAUUUCUCUCCAAGCGGACAGACGGGUAAAGAAUCAAAAACGGCGCGUCCACAUGACGCUGGAAUUGCCCUGGAGUGCUGACCGAGCCAUACAGCAGUUUGGCCGCACGCACCGUUCCAACCAGGUGUCUGCUCCAGAGUACAUUUUUCUCAUCUCUGAACUGGCUGGUGAGCGGCGGUUUGCUUCUAUCGUGGCCAAACGCCUGGAAAGCCUUGGUGCCUUAACUCACGGUGACCGAAGAGCGACUGAAUCCCGGGACCUCAGCAAGUACAACUUUGAGAAUAAGUAUGGAAUCAAAGCCCUCGAUAAAGUCCUGCGCACCAUUUUCCAGCAGACAGAGAACAAAGUCCCCCUGCCCAAGGGUUAUCGAGAAGGAGAUGCUGCUUUCUUCAGUGAAAUGAAGCAAUGUCUCCUCUCCGUGGGAAUCUCUUGCAAGGAGAUGCGAUACGGCUUCAUGAGCAUGGAGAAAGACUGCUCCAUCACCAAGUUCCUGAAUCGCAUCUUGGGCCUGGAGGUUGACAAACAGAAUCUGCUGUUUCAGUACUUCAAUGACACUUUUGACUACCUGAUCGAGAGGGACAAGAAAGAUGGCAAAUACGACAUGGGGAUUCUGGACCUGGCUCCUGGCAUUGAUGAAAUCUACGAGGAGAGCAAAGAGGUUUUCCUGACACCAGGCCACCCACAGGAUGGCCAGGUGGUCUUUUACAAGAUCAGCGUGGACAGAGGGUUGAAGUGGGAGGAGGCAUUCGAGAAGUCACUUCACCUAACAGGCCCUAAUGAUGGGUUCUACCUUUCUCACAAGGUUCGAGGCAACAAAUACACUUGCCUCCUAGCAGAGCAGACCCGGGGGAAAUACUUCACCCUCUACAAGCCGAACAUCGGGAAACAGAGCCAGCUGGAGACCAUGGACAGCCUUCUUAAGAAGUACCAGCCGGUGUCAUCAGCAGAUGCUCAGCCCCACUGGGAGAGCAGUUAUGAUUUCUCCCUGAAACACUGCAACCAUGCUGUAUGGAACAGGAACUGCAAGGUUGUCCAGGAGGGAAAGGAAUGUUUCCAGGGCACACGUUUACGCCACUAUUACAUGCUGUGCGGGGCACUCUUGCGCGUCUGGACCAAAAUCGCUAGCAUCAUGGCUAACAUCACCAACACCAGCUAUCUGCAGAUCGUCCGCCUCAAGACCAAAGAGAAGAAGAAGCAAGUUGGGAUCAAGAUACCAGAGAACUGCGUCCAUCAGGUGCUGAAGGAGCUGAAGCAGAUGGAUGAGAAUGUGAAGCAGAAACAGAAGCAGCCUCCAGCCAUGUUGGCACCAGUGAGGCCCACCCUGCCCUACCCGCUGCUUGUACCACCCCUGGACAGCCAGUCCACAGGAUUUUUCUCUGCCCAGCACUCUUCCUUGCAGCAAGAUGAGAUCUUGGACCUGACCCGCAGCCCCCCUGGUGAAGGUCUCCUGGACUUCUGCUGGACAGAACCUUCUCCUCCUCCUCCUCCUGCUCCUCCUCCUCCGCCACCACUCCCUCCUCCUCCCCCUCCAUCCCAGUUCAGCUUCCACGCUCCAUAUGACAGUGCAGCAUUGGUGGGCAGCCUGGCCCACGGUGGCUCCCCCUCCCAGCAUGAACACAUGUCCUCGGCUCCAGCCCUCCCACUUCCCCUGGCGGACAGUUUCUCCUCGGCCAGCCUGAACUUCCGAGAGCUCUUGGAGGAGAUGAUGCUGAACCCCCACGGCCUGGGGAGCGAGAACAGCGGGCAGGAGCGCCAGAGUGUCAUCCAGUUCAGUGGCCCCCUCUCCAACCUCUACGAUGCCAGCUGAGUUGGGGGGAACAGGGGGUUCUGUUCAUCAGGCUGGGCCACUUUGGAGGCCAUGUUGUGUUUUUAUACUGGGUUGGAACGGACCAC